AUGACUGGACGCGGCAAGGGCGGCAAGGGCCUCGGCAAGGGCGGUGCCAAGCGUCACCGCAAGAUUUUGCGUGACAACAUUCAGGGUAUCACCAAGCCUGCUAUCCGUCGUCUCGCUCGUCGUGGUGGUGUCAAGCGUAUUUCUGCCAUGAUCUACGAGGAGACCCGUGGUGUCCUCAAGUCCUUCCUCGAGGGUGUCAUUCGUGAUGCUGUCACCUACACUGAGCACGCCAAGCGCAAGACUGUCACUUCUCUUGAUGUUGUCUACGCGUUGAAGCGCCAAGGCCGCACCUUGUACGGUUUCGGUGGUUAA